GAAACGCGGGGUUCGCGCGAUCGGCACACCUGUCGGCGGCGGCCGACCGAUUCACGCACCGCCGGUGCGUUCGCCGAACGUUUCGCCGUCGCCCGAAUUGCGACAGUUUCGGUUUUUCGGACGCGCACCGGUGUGCGGUACGGUCGGCCGGCCGAAUAUCGCGGCCGUCUAAUCAAUUCCGCGCCAGUCCGCCGCACCGCGCCCCGCCCAUCGGUACCGCGACCUGGGAGAUUGAUACCGCGAGUGAUGCGUGAAAACUGCGAAUGACGACGAUCUCCGUAGAUCACGGACGGCGGUGGAUCCAGUGACGAGUCAUCCGGUUGUUCGAAACGUGCGCACCGUUUUCUUCACGUCUUUUCCGGUUUGCUGCUGCGUUUUUCGCCGGUUCUACCGUUUCACCGUCCCGUCGUCGACCGCUCAUCGGCAUCGGCAUGAACUCCGCCCCGUCGUAGUGGUCAUGCGUCGCGUCGCCACCAGGUACGCUAUCCCAACGCCGUUUCUGUCCCUCGUCUCCCGGUACUGUUGGGACGUCGGGCGUCUCCACAGGUCCGCAUAGCUGCCGCCGACACGAUUGGUACGAGAGAGUGAGUGCGUGCACGCAUCACGACUGUAAUAUUGUUUCGAUCGUGUUUGCACACCGUCGACCACUGUCGGCGAUUCAUCGUUACAUCAAUGGUUUACACAACGUUUCUCGAGGUGCGAAUCACCAGACCGUUCGAUUGAUUACCAUAGGAUAAUGUACAAUAUUUAUUUGCACUAUGACUACCAAGAAUGAAAAUUCAAUAAACUGUAAUAGUUCUCAAAAUGAAACCAAAGGACGUCAGAAUAGUGAUAGAAAUACUGUAAAGAAAAUUCCAAAAAUGGAUUUAAAUAAGUCUGAUUUAUUAAAGCUUUUAAGCUAUUUAGAGGGUGAACUUCAAGCAAGAGAUAUUGUUAUUGCAACUUUAAAGUGUGAAAAAGUACAAUGUAUGUUAAGAAACAGAGGUAGUGAUCGUGUUGUCAAAGAUCCAUUAGCAGCUUUACAACGUGAUUGCUUUGCUACCUUUGAAACAAAUAAUGAUAGUCUUUCAUAUCAACAGUUAGGAUCGCUUGAAAAUCUUGUAUUACAGCAAAGAAGAACUCAUUUAAGGAUAGCAAAUGUCUUAAAAGAUAAUCAAGUUAUGCAUCGAAAGAUAUUAGAUCUAGAGCGAUUAAAAAAACAACAAUUACAAUAUGAAUACAAAAAAUUGCACAAUACUUUUGAAGAAGAACGAUUAAAACACAAACAAAUCGUAUUUUUUUUACUAGCUGAGAGAAAAAAAAUUGUAAUGAAAUAUAUUGAAGAAAGAAAACGUUCUGAAGAUCUUGGACAAAUAUUAAGUGAAGAAAAAAGUAAAAUUGAUUCAAUGGCUGAAGGGCUGGAAGAAGAAAGUAAAAAGUCAUUACAGAUGGAAGCAGAAUUAGAAAAACAAUUGGCUUUAUUUGAUACUGAAAGUAAAAAGAUGAUGGCAGCUUUAAGUUCAGAAGAAAAAAAAACAUGUGCUUUAGAAGCGGAAUUGGCAAAAUGUCGAAAUGAGAUUAUUUCAUUAGAAAAAGAACUAAGUGAAGCACUUCAUAAUAAUUUGAUGGAGCUUUCCAGUAAAUCUUCAGGUGUAAGAGUUAUGUCUUCACCUAGUGAUCCAAUAACAAGUAGUGUCGCUAAAGUGGUCCAACCUACAGCAACUGCAUCUAGCGUUCGAGUUUCUGGUCCAAUGACUGGAAUUGCUCGAUCAGUAAAUCCUGGUCAAAGUCUGCGUUGUUUGAAACCAGUUAGUGGUAAAACUAACGAUAUACAGGUAGAUAAACUUCAAGACGACGAAGAUUGUUCUACACCUUUAGACACCAUUAAAAAACAUCCCAUUUCUUUUGGUCGUAGUAUUCAGUCAGAGUCUGGAUCAACUAGUACAGUCAAAAAAUCAUUGUUUGGUAUUCAACGUAACAUGUCGGUCCCUAAUACAGCCGAAAGCAAUAUUCCUGGAUUAAUUAAGAAACAAAUAACAACUGUGGGACGUGGGACACCACCUCCAGUACCUCCUAAUAAGCCAAUUAUACCACCAAAAAAGGAUUUAAUAUCAUUCAUUAAAAAGACAUCAGUUGCUGAUAAUACUGCUUCUACUGCUGAAAAAGAUCAAAAAGACUCUCAACUUAGGCAUAAUAAUUUGUUGCCUAAUGAAAUUGUUUCUGUAGAUAAGCCAGAUGAAAUGGUAAAAAAUUAGACAUCAAGAAUCCAUAACCAUAAUCCGCGAAUUAAACUUCGUAUAAAAAUCAUAUUUUUAUACAUGUGUUUGCUUGACAAGACUUUAAUUGUAUUCUCAAAAUAGAUAAGUAGUAAAUUUUAGUGAAUAUAAAUAAUAGUAAGUUUAUAUUAAUCAUAUUUUACUGUUAAAUACUUCUUAUUGAAUGUAACAAAUAAUCAUUUGAGAUUGAUUUAUUUCAUAAUUGGGUUAUUACGAUAGUUUUAUUUUAAUUGUACUUAAUUAAUUUAAUAUUACAAAUUAUUUCUUGGCGUACUAAAUAUCAAAAAGUUCCUAGACCGUGCAUCUUAUAUAACUUGGUAAUCAAGGCAAGCUUUAAAAUUAAAUGAUAUUCUAAAAAUUAUGGUUGAUAAUAUAAUGUAAGAAUUAUGUCUUGCAUUUUAUAGUUGUUAUCAAAGUAUAUAGUACACUGCUCAUAUUCUGUUAACUUGAUUUUAUGUUGUACAAUUAUGAAAAUAAUUAGUCUUAAAUUUUAAGGUGUGUUAUUUAAAACAUGAAAUGCUUUACACUUUAUAUUUAAAAUAUAACAUCAUAAUAAAUUUUAAACUCAUUAAAUAACAUAAUUGUUAUUGUAUUAAAGGUUUUGACUCAAAUACUUUGGACAAGUUACCAUAAAAAUGAAUUAUAAAAUUACAUCUUUAAAUUAUUAUCUUUCAAAUAAUAUGAUGACAUGGUUAAAUUAUAAUCUUAGAUCAGCUUUGUGAAUUUAAAUGUUGGUGGUAAUAUAAACUUAAACUACAUAUUAUUACUAUGAAAAUAUAUGUAUUUAACUGCGUUUGUAUAUUGCCACAACGGUCAUUGUAAAUCGCGCGCUUUAUAUCAGCUCAUGACACAUAAUGUUACUAAUAUAAGUAGAGUAUGAGUUUAAGGUCUGUCAUUAUAAUACAUAUUGUUAUUUUAAAUAGUACAUCAAAAUAA